AUUUCCAACAGUGCAGCGACUGUCAGGAGAUAGCUGGGUGGCAGGGACAGGGGGAGAGGGGCUUUUCUCUGUGGCCACCUAGAAAAAAAGCCAUGUAAGAUCCCUGGCUUAUCAAGACUUAAAUACAGAAAUAAUUCGAUUUAAUAACUGGUAAUUGGCUUCAAAAUUUGUAACAACUGCAGAGUAGAUAGUUCAUGAGAGGAAAAGGAGAAUCCAAGUAGAAGACACUGGAGUAAUCUGGAGAAAAUAAAAACGAAAUAAAGUUUCUGUAAAGUGUGAAGUGCGCACGGGACCUUCAUGGACACGUUGAGAAAUCCCCAAACCAACUCCAAGAGAAGAAACAAGCAGCACAAGUUCAGCACUGAGGAUAUCUCCAAUCAGUUUUGAUGUCAGGUGAAGGUGAAGUCAGACUGAGCAGGUAACAGACUUAAAAAAUAACAGCUUUAACUUUCUGAUCGGUGCGUUAUUCCGGCUGCGGGUGAGAGGCAUGAGUGGAGGUCGCUUUGAGUUUGACGACGGCGGAGCUUAUUGCGGCGGCUGGGAGGGGGGCAAAGCCCACGGCCAUGGCAUCUGCACCGGACCCAAGGGCCAGGGCGAGUUCUCCGGCUCCUGGAACUACGGCUUCGAGGUGGUGGGAGUCUACACCUGGCCCAGCGGCAACACGUACGAGGGGUACUGGUCGCAGGGGAAGCGUCAUGGUCUGGGAGUAGAAACCAAAGGACACUGGAUUUACAAAGGGGAAUGGACUCAUGGCUUCAAGGGGAGAUACGGCGUCCGGAUCAGUGUUGGCAGUGGAGCAAAGUAUGAAGGAACGUGGAAUAAUGGGCUUCAGGAUGGAUAUGGAACAGAGACAUAUGCUGAUGGAGGCACUUUCCAGGGUCAGUUCACCGGUGGGAUGCGGCACGGCUAUGGUGUUCGUCAGAGCGUUCCCUAUGGCAUGGCAGCAGUCGUCCGCUCCCCUCUUCGUACCUCCUUGACCUCCCUUCGCAGCGAGCACAGCAACGGCACCGUCUUGCAGCAAGACAUCCCCAUCAUCACCACCACCAACGCCUCAGGUGAGGAGACACCGGUCGCUACCCCUACACAGCUGGGACCAUCCCGUGGAGGCUUCGCCCUCACUCUCCAGGUGGACCCGGAGGCAGUGAAACCCAAGAAGAAGGGCCUGUUUCGCAGGAGCUCUCUGCUGGGCAAGCUGAAGAAGUCCGACUCGAGCACCUCGCUGUCCAGCCAGAAGAGCAAGAUCAGCUUCCUGAGGACAGAAUCGGCUCUCAGCUCCAAUGCCAGCGACACCAACUCCACCAUCAGCAUUGGGGACGAGAGCCUGGCCGGAGCCGAGGAUUUCCCCCCGGUGGAGGCCGACAUCGACGCCACCACCACAGAGGUCUACAUGGGUGAGUGGAAGAACGACAAGCGCUCGGGGUAUGGAAUAAGCGAAAGGUCCAGCGGGCUCAAGUACGAGGGCGAGUGGCUGAACAACCAGAGACAUGGCUACGGCUGCACCACCUUCGCUGAGGGAGGGAAGGAGGAGGGCAAGUACAUGAACAACAUGCUGGUGAAGGCCAUGAAGAAGAGGGUGAUCCAGCUGAAGGGAACCAAGAUCAAGCAGAAGGUGGAGCGGGCGGUGGAGGGAGCUCAGAGGGCUGCAGCCAUCGCCAAGCAGAAGGCGGAGAUCGCUGCCUCCAGGACGGCUCAUUCAAAGGCCAAGUCAGAUGCAGCCGAACAGGCGGCUCAGGCCUCGAACAGCGAGUCCAGCAUUGCCAGACUGGUGGCCAAAGAGCUCUCCCCGUCCUUCUACCAGCCAGGUCCUGAGUAUCUGAAGAAGAGAGUGUUACACGAGGCCGUGGAGGGCAGUGAGAACACAGACACCGUCAUGCAUGAGCCGCUGCUGGCUGAGGAGGAGCCCCUGCCCACGCCGCCUGAAAGCCCACUCAUGAAUGAACUGGACAGCCUCAUGCCUGGCUCGUCCCCAGGCCGCACCCCCUCCCCCAGCCCGGGCAUCAUCAGCAAGGAAGAUCCCAAACUCCUCAGUCCAGGAAGCUGGAAUGAAGACAAAACCAGUAAAGGUGGUGGCAGUAAGGGCGGCAGUAAGCCCAACAGCAGGCCCAAUAGUCGCCCCACCACCCCUUCAACCUCUGUUUCUGCUCCCGCCUCAGCUGCACCUGAAGGAGGAGGGGGCCCCAGCAGUCGAGGCCCCUCUCGUACCUCCAGCCGUCAGAGCACCAAGAACGAGCAGGGCUCUGACCUGGAGAUCAAGCCCCUGCAGAAGUUUGACUCCGAGGCCAAAGCUCCGGAUGUCGCUCCUGCCGCUGCUGCCCCCGUAAGGAAUAGCCUCAUCUCUCAAGAUGAAGAAGAAGCUCCGCGCCCCUCCGUCAAAGCGCCCAAAGCUGUCACCCCCGAGUCCAAAGCCGCAGAGCCUAAAACUGAAAGAGCUCCGUCAGUCCGUGAACAAGCUCCGUCAGUCCAUGAACGAGCUCCGUCAGACCAUGAACGGGCUCCGUCAGUUCACGAACGAGCACCCUCCAUCUCUCAGAACAAAGUGGAGUCCAGGGAGGUGAGCAGGCCGUCCAGCAAAGCAGAGACAAAGCCGUUACCAAAGCGGCAGCCCAGCCCAGCUCCGUCCCCAAAACCUGCACCCAACCUUGAACCUAAAUCACUACCAAAGCAAGUGGAAGCCAAAGCCGUUGUUGCCAAACCAGCCCCGAAGGUGGAUCUCAAAGCUGAGGCCCGACUGAAGGCCAUGGUGUCGAGCAGUGAGGUGACUGCAGAGUCUUUGGAGCUGGAGGGCCCAAACACCAUCAUGAUCUGCAUGGUGAUCCUGCUCAACAUCGGCCUGGCCAUUCUCUUCGUACACAUUUUGUCAUGAGACAUUCUCCACCUCCUCAGGUCACCAGCAGUGUUGGAGAGCGACGGCGGCGUUCCUCCUCCUCCUCAGUACGGACCAGAGAUCAAAGAGCCCGCUGAGAGUGGGGGGAAUAAAGGCCUCAUGCAGACAGCUGCAGCUCUUCUAAAGGUUUUUGAUGGUGUGACUGUGUGAGGCUCUGUGAAGCUCCUCUCUUUCCAGAGGUUUGAGAAACUGAAGGACUUUGAAGCGACUGAAAACGAGUCAGAACAUCUGAAUAUGAUGAUAUUUGUAUGUUAAAGUGUGGAGGACGAGGGGCGGGCUGGGUGGUGGAGUGUGUUUCAGCAGGGGGCGGCAGAUUUCAUCUUCAUCACAGUGUGUCACAAGAGUGUCAACAUUUAGCAAAAAAAAAAAGGAAAAGGCUUUUAACUAAACCCUUAAUUGGCACACAGUGGCAAACACUGAUUCAGACAGAUUAGACGAACCCAGUAGUUAAUUAUUUUUUGUCACAAGACGUGUUUGUUUGUGUUACGUAGUCGCCGGCUGAAGGAAUGUUGAUCACAUAUACAGACUUAAUAUUCUCUCCACUGUGCCUUGAACUUGGUUGUUUAGACACAAAGACGACUGCAGCAGACGUGUGAAGGAUUUGGAAGUGAUAACUGUCUCGUAUCUUUGUUUUAAUCAUCUGCAAUGUCCCGACAUACGGUUAAAAAAGCUGAAAUAGAUUAAUUAAGUAGGAGUCUGACAUGUGUAAGAAACCUAUGUGUGUGAAUACUGACAGAAAACUGUAAUCUAAUGUCCUGUAAAAGCCAAGUUGUUGUUGUUUUCCUCCUGUUGCUCUAAAAAAAAAGACUUCAAAGCAUCAUGAGUUACAUUUUGGCUACUGCAUCCUAUCUGAGACUGUGGUGUUUUACACUGUGAAAUUUUCUAUUUUCACUGGGAUUUAUAUGCAUCUAUCUAUUGUCAUUCUGCUGCUUUGGUUUUGGGGGCUGACAAACCAAAUAGAGGAGCAGAUAGGAAGCUAAUGAGUGUCACUGCUUUUUGUGUACGUGCUGUAUGUUCCUGCCAACACUGUUUAGCACCCAGGUGGUUUUAAAUGAGAGUUGUGUAUGUUUUGCAUUAGGAUAAACGAGCAGAAAACAAAGCCUGUAUGUCGUAGUGCGUUUGCUCCGUCUAGACAUUUGUAUUCAUCCAUUAGAAGCAGCGGGAGGUGGGAGCGUUGGUGUACGUCUCAGUGGAGAAAAAACAUCCACACUGCAUUAUAUUCAGGGCCUGUUGUUGCUUUAGAGCCGAAAAUACGAGUUCAACUUUUGUACGCAUGAGGGCACUUUGUGUGUAUGGGUCUGUAAUUUUUUUGUACCAUUUUGAAGUGCACGUCUUUUCAGCGUUCAAAUUACUCUGAAAUAUGCAACCCUAAAUUUAUUUAUUUCCCCAGAAAGGAGUCAGUCAGAUUGCCUCGUGAUUGUGAGAUGGAGAAAAACAUAGAAUGAUUCUUAACUCCAUGUCUUACAUUGAGAAAAGCACUGUCCAGAUGUGCUGUUUAAUAUUUCUCCUGUGUUCUUUUAGCCAUAAAUACUGUAUGUGGGUUUUUAAAAAGAACAGGUGUUUAGCUGAAAUUGUUUUGCCUUACAGUUUGCAAAUGAACACACAGACCACUGGUUGUGCUUUGUUUUCAUGCAAAAAUCCACAAUCAACAAAAAGAUGUAGUUUUAAUAAAUCUCCCUUUACCUCAUAUUUGGAAAACAUUUUUGACUGGUAGUUUAUCUGUAAUCUGUCAGUGCAUUCAUCAAAUUGAGCCGAUGAACCCAAUGGUAAGUGCAAUAAAACUAAUAUUCAUACAGGUCAGUAAUGUAGAGACCAUUUUGUUUUGUCUGUUAGUGCAUUUAAAUAACUCAAACACUGCUGAAUUUGAAGCAUUUGUGUGGCCAGACCUGGUCAAAAACUACAAAGCUCAGAUUAAAUAAAAACUUUUACAACA